AUGCCCGGGGGCCAGGGGGCGCCGGCCUCUCCCCGGGCGGCCGGGAGCGCCCCGGACAGGGCGGCGUCGAGGCCCGCGGCCCGGCCCUCGCCCCAGCCGGCGGCGGCCGCGGGGCGCCCCGAGUCCGCGGCCCCCGGGCGGGGCGCGCUGCGCGCCAGCGUCCCGCGGAAGCUGGCCGAGGCGCUGAGCAGCCAGUACGGGCUGGUGGUGUUCGCGGCGGGGUUGCUGCUGCUGCUGGCCUGGGCCGUGCACGCCGCGGGGGUGGGCAGGAGCGACCUGCUCUGCUUCCUCACGGCGCUCAUGCUGCUGCAGCUGCUCUGGAUGCUGUGGUACGUGGGCCGCAGCGCCGCGCACCGCCACCUCCUCCGCCCCAAGGACGCGCACGCCGGCGCGCGCUGGCUCCGCGGUAGUAUGACAUUGUUCGCGGUCAUUACCAUCAUCCUGGGAUGCCUCAAAAUUGGGUACUUCGUUGGAUUUUCUGAAUGUUUAUCAGCCACUGAAGGGGUCUUCCCUGUCACACACACAGCACAUACUCUGGUGCAGGUGUAUUUUCUUUGGGGGCAUGCCAAGGACAUCAUCCAGUCUUUCAAAACCCUGGAAAGGUUUGGGGUGAUCCACUCAGUGUUCACCAACCUGCUUCUGUGGACCAACGGCGUCCUGAAUGAGUCAAAGCACCAACUGAACGAGCACAAGGAACGUCUCAUCACCCUGGGCUUCGGGAAUAUCACAAUAGCCUUGGACGACCACACGCCUCCGUGUAAUUGCUCGCCCCCGACGCUCUGCUCCGCCAUCUCACACGGAAUCUACUACCUCUACCCCUUCAACAUAGAGUAUCAGAUCCUGGCUUCCAUGAUGCUCUACGUCCUGUGGAAGAAUGUCGGACGCAAAGUUGAUGGUCAACAGCAUCAGAACGUGCAGUUCAAGUUUCGCGGGGUCGUGGCGGGCUCGGUCCUGGGCCUGAGCGUGCUGGCCACCACGGUUGGCGUCGUGGUGGUGUAUCUGAUUCAGAUUGGGCGCUCCAAAACCAACAGCGAGUCGGUGCUCAUCAUGUUCUACCUGUAUGCCAUCGCCGUGCUGAUGCUCACGGGGGCCGCCGGGCUGCUGGGGGUCUGCAUCUACAGGAUGGACGAGAGAUCCCUAGAUGAGUCCAGAAGCCCCGCCCGCAAACUGGAUGCGGACCUCUUGGUGGGCACCGCCUCCGGCUCCUGGCUCAUCUCCUGGGGCUCCCUCCUGGCCAUCCUCUGUGCCGAGGCCUGCCCCCCCUACACCUGGUUCAACCUGCCCUACUCCAUCCUGGUGAUCGCCGAGAAAUACAUCCAGAACCUCUUCAUCAUCGAGUCCAUCCACCGAGAGCCAGAGAGGCUGUCCGAGGACAUCAGGACCCUGCGGGUGGUCACAGUCUGCAACGGCAAUGCCGUGUCCCUCUCCUUUUCCCGUCUCAAGAGCGGAGCUGUGGCCGGGGACGUGGCUUCCCCGGGCAGUGAGACGACGCCAUGUGCAGCCCACGGAAAUGUGGGUCUGAGAGAAGGCAGUGGCAGAGAGGGGGACGAGGGGAGCCGGGAAGGGACCCCGGGCCCAGCCUGCCUCCCCCAUUUCCUGCAGGGCGAUGGCAAGAGAAGAGUCUUGAAGAACAUUGCAGCCUUUCUGUUUCUCUGCAAUAUUUCGCUUUGGAUCCCUCCCGCCUUCGGCUGCCGCCCCGAGUACGACAACGGACUAGAGGAAAUCGUCUUUGGCUUUGAACCCUGGAUCAUUGUGGUCAACCUGGCCAUGCCUUUUUCUAUUUUCUACCGAAUGCACGCAGCUGCCUCUCUCUUUGAGGUCUAUUGUAAGAUAUAG